AUGAACAACUACCCAUUUCUUGCCAACAAUACCAACAUACUCGAUGAAACUUUUUAUUCAGCAACACCCACAUAUAUAAAUGGCCAAAAUGUAUUUUUAUCUCAAGAAAAACAAAGAAAGAUGCACGAUACAUUGAAUACAUCAAUAGUUGGAUUAGCACCGCCUACGAACUCUCCUCCUUCAUUAAACAUUUCUACACCUGCAAAUUUUAUACAGGCAGAAAGAUACGUUGGUCCUUCCGGAGUUAUAUUUACGUUUCCUGCUCAAGUCGUUCGUCCUUCGAUAGGAGCUCCUGGAUUACCUCAACCAUGUUAUCCAUGCAUGUCAAGACCAUGUCCCAACCCAAUAAUGCCGACGGUAAAUUAUCCUGCCCCAACGACCCCACAAGCACCAAUCGAUUCACUCCCACCAGCGAUGUAUCCGCAAAUGCCCCAAAUGAAUCAGGAGCAGCUUUCCCAAAAUCCAUUUUACUUGCAAAACCAGCCUCUUCCAUUCCACUAUGAUAAAGCUACGACUUCCUUCGAUUUGCUGCCAGGAAACACGCAACAACGAAGACUAAGACUGAAGGCAACAGCAAUCCAUCCUCAACAGCAUGUGGCUGAUAUCCUUGACAAACCGGCUAGCUUUUCAGACGACCAGACAAAGAAAACUGUAACAUUUGCUAGUUGUACACAGGUAGACACAGCCGAAAAAUCGGAACAAGUUUGGUUUCCUUGUUUCUGCCCUAAAGAUAAACCUGAUACGAAGUCUAAUGAAGCAAGCAGUAAUACGGACGAAACUUGUGCAAGUAAAGUGAAAAAAUUUUUUAGAAAAUCGCAAAAGAAAGAUUCAAAUGACAAAAUUACUACCGGCAAAUCUAAAACAUCGUCUUCCAAAGAAAGAAAUAAAAAAAGAGCAAAGAAAACACAAAAGAAACAGCAAUAUGAAGAUUCCGAUUCAUAUACAUCCGAUUCGGACGUCAUCUGCAAAUGCUAA